CCUGUAGGACGGAGUGGGGCAGUGACUCGGGGGUGGGAGGAAACAGCAAUGGAGUAUAUAUAUGUGAGGGUAUGUGUUCUGAUAUAUAAGUGAUGUAGCUGGCACAGUCCUGGCUGACAGGCAGCACAACCUUAUCAAGUUUGAUGUGUCCAGAGGUAGCAAUGGAUCGUGUUACAGUCUUGCUGCUCCUCCUGGCCAUGCUGCAUGCCGCCUCCGCCACGAGUACCGCCAACAGAACCGCCGCCUCGCUGCUGCAGCUCUUGCUGGCGGAUGGGGAAGGCGACUCCCCCGCGGCUCCGCCAUUCCAACCGGCGCCGGACGCCACCACGUCCGGAUGUCCUCUUCAUCAUCCCGACUGCAGCCCCGACGGCGACUUACCCGCCCACCCGAGAGAAGGACAGACUCACGACCUGCAAGCUCCUCUGCCUGCCAGUGAGGACGAGGUCCUGAUAUAUGGCAUUCCGGUCAAAGACAUCCCCCCGCACCUCAUUCCCGCUGCCCUCCGCAAGGAGCGCUUGCUAUACUUGUCCAACCUUCCAGAUGAUGUUCCUCGUCUGCGCGAUGGACUGGAUGCCGCGGCCUUCUGCUUCACGCAAGACUGCGUGGAGAUGAUGAAGGAAUUUGAUCAGUGGCAGAGAGAACAUGGCUACGGCACCCCUGGGGGACGCUGGGGCUGAGUGCAUGGAGUGGCCGUAGGCAGGAAGAGGGAAGAGGUCAAAGUGGAACUCUUUAGUGUUGAGAGAAGAAUGAAACAAUUGUACGGACAUAUUUAGCAAUGGGGAUGGCUGUACAAAAUAAAAUCUGCUAGCAAAUAAAUAAAUACAGUUGAAUGGGUGUCUAUUAUUCCUCCAAUAUAUAAAGUGAUGAAGACAAACUGGAAACAACAAGAUGAGUCACGACAGCAGGUCACGUGACAACACCUUACAGCACGACCUAGCACUUGACAGGACAUUGCAGUGACGUCACCAGGAAACAACACUUCACAGCACGAGGCAAUAAGUUAUAUCACCACGAAAGAACCCUUAACACUACAAAGAAAUAUCUUUUGUCUGCACGCUGUAAUAAAUAAUAAAUAAAUAAUACUGAAAGAUCUCUCAGCGUGACAAAGACUUGACUGUAGCCAUAUAACACAGGUGUUGAUUACGACACGAGACAGUUUUGACCAGCAUUUACUACACACAGGGUUUCGUGGCAAAACUUUAAAGCCCGCUCCAAAAUUGUAAUAUUAUAUCUUUUCAAAGUUCGACAAAACUAAGAAAACUCGCAAAUGUCUCUCGAUAAAUCUGAGAUACAACCUGGAGCCAUUGUCUGAAUCUGAAAAGAAAAAUGACAUUGACAUAUAUCCCCAGUGUUCCUACCACGUGAUCCAGGACUAAGCUUUACUCCAUCUGUAUGUACAUCGACGGCACAGAACAAUCUUGCGACUACAGAACAUAUUAGUAGUCUGUUACAUAAAUAUGGAAUAGAAUGACUGCUUCUUUCCUGUCCGAUGUACAGAAAUGCAUGCUUUAUGUAUUCAGAAUUAGAAACAUAUUUUACUUUGUGAAACAUUUACAAAUAUACCAAUAAUGAUGGUCAACACUG